UACCGUAAUAUCUCGAUAAAUUCGAAGUCUCCAUCGAAUCACAUUUUGAGGUUGCCACAUUUGAUUUAGAAUUUAUUUAAUUAAUAUUUAAUUAAUUCAAAUUGUAUUGCAUAGACCGUGAUUCGUAUAAUACAGCUAUGGCUAACAAUAAAAGUGAUGAAACCAAUGAUGUAUUCUCAGAGUUGGACGUUGAUCGAUUGGAAGUAAACGUAAUCGAGAGCCUGUGCUUUAGUUGUGGAAAAAAUGGCACUACACGGCUCUUGUUGACACGCAUACCAUACUACAAAGAACUGGUAAUAUCAUCAUUUGAUUGUCCACACUGUAAUUAUAAAAAUAACCAAUUGGACCCGGCAAUCGAAAUUAAGCCACAAGGUGUUCGAAUGUCUUUAAAGAUUGAAAACAAAGAAGAUUUGGAUAGAUAUGUGAUAACAACAGACUACACAAGUAUACAAGUACCAGAUUUAGACUUUGAAAUACCACCUAUGUCACAACGAUCCCAAGUAACUACUGUUGAAGGCAUUAUUUCCAAGACGGUUACAAAUUUAAGCGAACAAAAAAAAGUUCUUGAUUUGACACACCCUGAAUUAGCAGCAAAGAUGGAAGUUGUAAUUAAUGGAUUAAUUGGUAUUAAAAACCUUACCAAGCCCAUUCCAAUGAUGGUUUUUGAAGAUGCGACUGGAAAUAUAUUUGUUUCAAAUCCUGUUGCACCUUUGGCUGAUCCCAGAAUGCAAACAGAAAUGUUCACUCGUGAUAGUGCCCAAAAUGAAAUGAUAGGAUUAUCAGCACAAGAUAAUGCACAAGACAAUGCACAGUCGAUGAUCAAACCAUUAGGCACUUUUAAUGAUUCAUCUGUUAAUAAUAUGAAUGAUGAAAUUGUUCAAUUUAGUGGCCCAUGUCCAAAUUGUCAAGCAAUUUGUGAAACUAAUAUGAAAGUGACAGAUAUACCAUAUUUCAAACAAGUAGUCAUCAUGGCUACUGUAUGUGAAGAAUGUGGCUAUCGUACUAAUGAGGUUAAACCAGGAGGUGGAAUUGAAAAACAAGGUUUACAAAUAACUGUUAAAGUGUCAUCUCCAGAAGAUUUGAAUAGAGAUAUAUUGAAGUCAGAAACAUGUUCUCUUCGUAUUCCACAAUUGGAUUUUGAAGUUGGUGCACUUUCACUGAGUGGUCGAUUCACUACUAUUGAAGGUCUCAUAAAUUCAUUGUAUGAACAAUUGAAAGAUACUGCUACAGCAUUUUAUUCCGGUGACAGCCAGUCUGGUAGUGUUAUUGAAAAGACAGAGAAAUUUUUAGCAAAAUUGAACAACAUUAAAACUUGUAAAAUGUCAGUAGAUAUUAUACUCACUGAUCCAGCAGGAAAUAGUUAUGUUCAGAGUUUAACACCUCCAGAUUUGGAUCCUAAACUUACAAUCACUCGGUUUGAUAGAACUGAAGAACAAAACGAAGAGCUAGGAUUGAAUGAUAUAAAAGUUGAUAAUUAUGAAAAAAUAUAAAUAUAUUAUGUAAUAUUUGGUUAAAUAAAUAUAAUCAAUCUUAAUUUUAGUAAA